AUGAGUUCUGCUGAUAAAAGUCCAUCAUCUUGCAGAUUUUGCAACGAGCCGUUCGAAUCUUCUAGUGAUCAAUCAGUAUGCUCCGUUUGCCAUGCGUUCCUAUUCGACUACGCUACAAGCGAAAUGAUCAGUGGAAUUAAGUGCUCAGAAGAAAAAGAUGCAAAUACUGAUAGUGGCACAGAGGAAUUAGAAUCAGAAUUUGGUAGCCGCUUUAGUUUACAACCAACAUCGUCUCUCACAACUCGAUCCGUUUCUUCUUCCUGUCCAUAUGCAUCUAAUUCCCGGUUAUCUUCGCAAUCACAAAAUUCAUGUCAAGCCAUCACUCAGAAUCCUAAAGCUUCGCUUGAAACGCUUCCUGGCGUAUUUCUCAGUCCGAUACUUAGGCGUCUCGAUGAUUUAUCCACUUGGAGUCUUCGUAAGGCUUCUCCUAAACUUCGAACUGUAAUCGAUCAUUUGAUUCCAGAAGAAGAAUGGGCCAAAUUUGUAUCUCACCGCUUUCCCAUUUUUGUCCCUCGCCAUCGCAUCUCCUCUUGGCGUGUCCUUUACCUCAAUAUGAUAGAAAGUGUAACCUGCAGACUUUGUCUAUCUCGUCUUCAUCUUCCCACUGUCUUUCCAAAUGAUGUUCCACCUGUACGUUUUCGUCGAGCAGUUAAUGAGAUUCGUAGCCUGUGUGCUGAUCCCCCCUACGGUAUUAAAGCCUUAGCUUUAGAUACAGAAAAUUUUUCUCACUGUCUGGCUGAAAUAUCGGGACCCCCAUCGUCUCCUUACGAAGGGGGUCUUUUCUGCGUUCAUAUUCUCAUUCCUGAUAGUCAUCCUAUGCGUCCACCUGUAAUUAGAUUUAUCACUCGUAUCCUUCAUCCUAACAUUAGUUUCCAUGGUGAUAUUGGUCUGGAUUGUAUCCGGGAUAACUGGAGCUUGGUUCUGACACUUGACAAGGUGCUUCUAAGUAUUCAAUCUCUUCUGUCUGAGCCCUAUGCUCGAGUCUGUAUGGAACCGACGGUAGGCCGUCUCUUUAGUCAAAAUCGGGACAAAUUUGAGAUGCUGGCUAAAAUGUGGACAUGGAAAUAUGCAUGUCAUGAUUACCUUUCCGCGGAUUUUGUUUCCCAACUCACAAUUCCAGAUCUCACAGAAUGA